UUCAACAGAUGCAGGAAAUGAUGCUACACCUCUGAAUAUUGUGCUGCUGGGCUGGGUCCUGUCAGGCAAGACAUUAACUGGCAGUGUCAUCUUGGGCACUGACAUUUCAUUUGACAAGACUAUGAAGUGUGUCCGGACAUGUGGAGAAGUGAAUGGACGACAGAUCACUGUGGUGGACACACCAAGCUGGUGGAAAUUCCUUCCGCAACAACUGAACACAGAUUCAGUGAAAACUGAGAUCUUGAAGGCAAUGGAUUCUUCCCCCCAUGCCUUCCUCUUGGUUAUUCCAGCAGACACAUCGUUUUUAGAAGAGCAGUUGGGAGUCAUAUUAGACAACAUGAGACCGCUUGGAGAAAAGGUCUGGAGGCAAACCAUGGUGCUCUUCACAUGGGGAGGAUCAUUAGGAAACAAACCAAUUGAGUACCACAUUGAAAGUGAAGGGGAUGCCCUUGUGAGACUCAUUGAGAUGUGUGGGAACAGAUAUCAUGUGUUUGAGAGCAUGAGAGAGGAUCGCACCCAAGUAAAUCAGUUACUGGAGAAGAUUGAGGAAAUGAUAAUGGAAAGUGCUCUGCUGAAAAGCAAUGAUGAACAUCAGGAAAAGAAAAAGAAGUCUCAAGAAAGAGAAGCCCUAUCGGAGUGGCUUCCAGUUAAGGAUGUAAAAAAAUUACUUAAUGAAGAAUGGGAGAGGAGUGAUGCUAUAAUGAAAGAGAUGUUGAAAACAAUCAGCCCACAAACAGCUGUCAAACGAGGAGAGAGCAUAGAGUUGCCUCUUGAUUUAAGUGGAGAAGCAAUAAAUACAGAAUUAUUUAUCAACAAACACCAGUUAAAAGAUGCACUUGAGAGGGAAUGGAAUCGUCGGGAAGCAGUAGACAGCUCUAGGAUCCAAUAUAAACUAAAAUGCCUGGAUGCCAAUGCAGACAUGUCCUCAUGUGUCGAUGAUGAGGACAUACAGAUGUCUUUGGCUAAAGUGCACGACUGGUAUCAAAGAUAUAACUCAUCAGACUAUGCAAGUGUUUCCAGCUGUGAGGAAUGUGACAAGACUCAACAGGAUAGAGAUUAAUCUUUAAGCUUCUAAGACAUUCUGAUGCAUGUUUCAAUUUUAUUAUUGUCAUGCAGUUAUUACUAUAGUAUGCAUGUCAUUUUCAUAAACAGAUUCUUGCUUUUAUUAUCUUUAAUUUCUUUGAUCAAUAACAGUGUAUUUUUUGUGAAUAGAAGAUGAACUCUGUAUAUAUAUUUACAGUAAUUGAUUCCUUUGAAAUAUCAAUCUCAAUACAAUAAUAAAUGUUUACAGAAAGGCAAAUAAUUUUGUGGAGAUAUUCUGUUAAAUCAUAUGAUCUGUUGGCUUGUAGUUCACUUGACUGUAUUCAGCUAGAUGUCUGUUGUUUGAUUUUCUGGCUGGAGGGGCAGAGGCAAAACUCACAGCUGCGUAAUUCACAUCUGAAUCUCUAAUCUGUUUUUUUUUUUUUUUUAAAUGCACAGCUUUUUUUCUGCUUGAGAACCAAAUCAACAUUUGUAAUAUUUAAAGUAUUAGUAAUAUAUAUAUUAUAGUACAGAAGACAAUUGAAAAAGAAAAUUACCUCACAUGAUGUAUGAUUUGUAGAUCCUUCAAAAUGUACAGACAUUUAGUUAAACUUUGCCAUAUACAUUUGUGAUUGAAUACUUAAAGAGUUUGCACAACAUAUUUGUAUAUUACACUGUAUAAUACUUUUUCUGGAUCAAUAGCCUAUCCAAUUAAACUCUCCUUAACUAAUGUAAAGAGUGGGUGUAAUUUUACCUCUAUGCCUUUUUCCCCAGCGUUUGCAGUGAUCAACAAGGAGUGUGAUAAUUACUAUCACAAAAACAACAUUGGAGGAUA